ACUACCCUGGUAACAUUUGAAAACGGCGCGAAAAUCACUUAGGUUAUUAGUCCAAAACAUUUCAACCGUGAAAUGGAACGCAAACGGUGUAAAGUUCGUUCGGUUGUCAAUGUAAAUAGACAGCGGCCAUUUUGUCAGUAGCACCACUGUGUUUGGAUGUAAACCACGCGUCGUGGCCGUUAGUACGAACACUCCACUGGUUAUAGCUCAAAAUGCCACCUAAAAAGAAGCCACCCAAAACAAGAGAAGAAAUAUUAGAACAAAAAUGAAUAGCUGAACGAUUGAAAUAUCAACGACUUAAAAAUGACCCUCAAAAACUAGAAGAAAUGAAAGAAAAAGAAAGGCUGAAAUACCAAAAGAAGAAGGAAAAAUGGAGCAUAAAAUUGGUUAAGGAUAUGAGGAAAGAUCUGCUGAUGCUGUCGUUGCUGCAGGAGGAGAUAUCGAUAGUUUGGAAUCUUUUAUAGAAAAUGACUAUGGAUAUUCUGAAAGACCCCAAAAAAUUGAAAAGCUUUUAUGGCACCCUUAAAAUACAUCAGAUUAAGGGGAAGAUAUUUGGGAUUGCCACAAGGCACUGCCAAACUUAUAAUGAAGAGCUUACGCUGCCCUUGUGAAGAAGAAUGCCAGCAUUUUAACCUAGGUGUUAUGAACUACGAAGUGGCAAAACUUCACGUCGAGGAUUUCUACACAAACUCCGAUUCCGAAGACGAAAUCCCGCUAUCUCAAUUCUCACGGAAUAAUGACUGCAUUACAGAGACUGUCCUUUUAAGACCGAUUGAAAAUACUAAGACUGAUCUUGAUAAUAUUGCGGAGCCUAGUACAAGCGGCCUUCAGCAAACUUAUUAUAACAGUGGUGACUACGUUUUAGAUAAGUUUAUUGUCGGGAACAGGGAAUAUCGUUAUGCUGCGGUUGUUAAUAAAGUAGAUGAUGAGGACGGCGAACUAACAGUGACUUUUCUGAAAAUUUGUGAUAACAAGGGCUACAAGUUUAGAAUAGAUGAGAAUGAUAUGUCUGAUGUCGGUUUUGACCAAAUAUUGGAAAAGUUGCCUGAUCCGAACGUGACUGUUAAAGGAAGUAGAUUAUUUUAUAGUUUUCCAAAAUCGGUACAUGUCUUUGAGAAAUAAGAGAUGCUUCCCUGAAAGAUAAAAUUAAUUUUUAAUGAUAUACUGUGCCAGCAAUAAUAAUUAUUUCAAGUUACCUGAAAAGUAUAAAUGUUUCUUAGUUGUAAGCCAAAAAAAGUUUAUUGUGAUAAUUCGAUAACAGAGGUAAUAUUUUUGUUUUAUUUUAAUU